AAGAUACAGAGACUCAGAAGAAGAAAUCACAAGAAAAAAAUAAUAAUAAUAAUAAUUUCCUUUGGUUUAAGGGAAAAAAAAAAAAAAAACUGAUCUUCUUUCCUUAUUUCCGUUUCAUCAGAAAUCAGAGAAGCAGAAAAUUUCUUCUUCUUUAUUAGAAUCUUCCAUUCUCUCUCUCUCUCCAUCUCUCUCAAAUUUCCCGCCUUCUUUUCAUCUCUUCAUUUGAUUGUCUUCCUUGUUUUCGUUCAAUUUUAUUGAAGCCUUUUCCACGAAAAUAAUUCACUACUUUUUGUUUUCUUUUCGUUUUUAUUCAAUAAUGUGGCUCAUUGAUCCAAUAAUUUCCGACUUUUUUGAUUAAUUUAUUAUUUUUUGAUUAAUUCUAUUUGAAUAAUCAAUAGAAUUUUAAUCAAUUUAUAAUGGAUCGUGUUGUCGGUGGAAAAUUUAAAAUUGGUCGAAAGAUAGGAGCUGGAUCUUUUGGCGAGCUUUACCUCGGGGUCAAUACAGAGACAGGGGAAGAAAUUGCUAUAAAGAUGGAACCUGCGAAGACCAGGCACCCUCAGCUUCACUACGAGUCAAAGUUGUACAUGCUUCUUCAAGGCGGAACGGGAAUUCCCCAACUCAAGUGGUUUGGGGUUGAAGGUGACUACAAUGUUAUGGUUAUAGAGCUUCUAGGGCCAAGCCUUGAGGACUUGUACAACUACUGCAAUCGAAAGCUCUCUUUGAAGUCUGUAUUAAUGCUUGCAGAUCAGUUAAUCAACAGAGUUGAGUUUAUGCACUCAAGGGGAUUUCUUCACCGUGAUAUAAAACCCGAUAACUUUCUGAUGGGUUUGGGACGAAAAGCAAAUCAGGUGUAUAUCAUUGAUUAUGGCCUUGCUAAAAAGUAUAGGGAUCUUCAAAGUCAUAAACACAUACCCUAUAGAGAGAACAAGAAUCUUACAGGCACAGCUCGAUAUGCAAGCGUUAACACUCACCUUGGAGUCGAACAAAGCCGAAGAGAUGAUUUGGAAUCACUGGGUUAUGUGCUCAUGUAUUUCUUAAGAGGAAGCCUCCCCUGGCAGGGCCUGAAGGCAGGAACAAAGAAGCAAAAAUAUGAUAAAAUCAGUGAAAAGAAGAUGGUAACCCCUGUUGAGGUACUCUGCCAGUCAUAUCCAUCAGAGUUUGUAUCAUACUUCCAUUAUUGUCGUUCAUUACGCUUUGAAGACAAACCUGAUUAUUCAUAUUUGAAGAGGCUUUUCCGUGAGUUGUUUAUUCGAGAGGGAUAUCAGUUUGAUUUUGUGUAUGACUGGACCAUACUCAAGUAUCCACAGCUCACUGGUAGCUCCAGACAACGGCUGUCUAGUGGAAAAGCUGCCUUAAAUUCUGGAGCGUCUGCCGAAAGAACAGAUAAGCUAUCAGCGGGACGAGAGCAACGAGAUAAAUCUUCAGGUGCCGUUGAGGUAUUUACUAGGAAAAAUGCAUCAGGUGGUGGACAUCUUAGUGAUCCUUCAAAACAGAAGGUAUCAGAGAAGGCAUUGCCAACAAAAGAUGAGGAUAAUGAUUCUGGAAGGGGACGAAGUUCUACCACCCAUCCUAGCAGCUUGUCCAAGAGAGCAGUUGCCUCAAGCAGCAGGCCGACAACCUCUUCUGUGGGGCCCAGCGAUAGAUCAAGUUGGCUUCUUUCAGGUAGUAGUCGCCUCUCAGGAGGCCAGAGACUCUAUUCUGGGUCUGAGCCAAGAUCAUCUCUCUCCAAAGCUACAACUUCGCAAGCUAUCCGUGAAGAUCAGAAUCAAAGCUUCGAGCACCAUUCAAGGGUUACAGAUGAUAGAAAGUGAUGAAUGUUCCAUUCGAUUCAUGAAAAGGAGGAUGUGAAAAUUCGGAUACAGAAAGUUCCAUCCAAUUUGUUAAUAUUAUUCAAGGUAAGGCUGCACUGGCAAAUUGUUAAUAUUUAUUCAUAUUUUUGUCCGAACAGAUUCAUUCAUUCUCAUUCUUUUAAUUUAGUUGCUUUCGCGUGAUGCAAUUAAAUAAUGUUAUUCGGUUUUUUUUCCCACAGCUUUUAUAUAUGUAUAUAUAUUUUGAGAUCAUACUUUUAUAUUUAUAUUCAAAAUUUAUUACGAAUA